UUCACUUUACUUAAAAUGGAAGAUUUCAGUUUCUUCGUUGGGGUUAUAGGCAACAUUAUCUCAGUGUUAAUGUUUCUCUCCCCAGUAAAGACAUUUUGGAGAAUUGUAAAGCGCCGCUCGACGGAGGACUUUGAUAGCCUUCCUUACAUUUGUACGGUGUUGAGCACAUCCUUAUGGACUUACUAUGGGAUCACAAAGCCUGGAGAAUAUCUUGUUGCCACCAUAAAUGGUUUCGGAAUCGUCGUUGAGACCAUCUAUGUCGCUUUGUUUCUUCUGUAUGCCCCAUUAAAGAUGAGGGCGAAAACUGCUAUCCUUGUGGGCAUAUUGGAUGUGGGAUUUUUUGUGGCAGCCAUUUUAGUAACCCAAUUAGCUCUGCAAGGAGAGACACGUAUUGAUGCAUUAGGGUUUCUUGGUGCAGGCCUAAAUAUUAUCAUGUAUGUAUCGCCUCUAGCUGCCAUUAAAACGGUGGUAACUACCAAAAGCGUGGAAUACAUGCCUUUCUUCCUGUCGUUUUUCUUUUUCCUUAACGGAGGAAUUUGGACUUUUUAUGCGUUGCUUGUACGUGAUUACUUCUUGGCGGUACCAAAUGGAAUUGGGUUCGUCCUAGGAAUAGGACAGCUUGUGUUGUAUGGAAUUUACAGAAGACCAAAGCCAUCGAUGAAUGUAUCAGCACAUCAUCAUGAUGGAAUAUUGGAAGAAGGACGGCAACGAGAAAGACUCAUCACACCAAAUUAA